AUGACGGCUGCCACUGAGACCGCGGCCGAAACCAAGAGCCAUGCCACUUCGGCCGAACCCCCACUACCAGGUGCUACUUACACGGUUCGCGAACAACCACUGGGAUCCUCGAGGCACAUCCGUAUCGUAGGCAUCGGGGCCGGAGCGAGCGGCCUGAAUCUGAUUCGGACCCUACGGCUCAACCUCAGCGACUACGAAGCUGUCAUCUAUGAGAAGAACUCGGAUGUGGGAGGCACCUGGCUGGAGAACCGCUAUCCCGGGUGCCGCUGCGACGUGCCCAGCCAUAACUACCAAUUCUCGUGGCAGCAAAAGAAGGACUGGGCGAACUUCUUCGCGGCAGCUGAGGAAAUCGGAGACUAUCUCUGCCAUGUCUGCGACGAGGAGGGCAUGAGGGACUCGAUAAAGACUUCACACCAAGUGGUCUCGGCUCGGUGGAACGAGGAAGACGGCCGGUGGGAACUAGUCAUUCGGAACCUGGAAACAGGGGAGGAGUUUGGCGACCACGCUACCUUCCUUGUCGAUGGCACGGGCAUAUUGAACAACUGGAAGUGGCCCGACGUCGAAGGAAUCGACGUCUAUAAGGGGCGCUUGAUACACACUGCCUGCUGGCCAAAGGAUUUCGACCACACGGGGAAGACAAUCGCCGUCAUUGGAAAUGGAUCGAGCGGAGUUCAGGUGUUACCAGAGCUACAAAAAGGUGCGCAUAAACUGUACCAUAUCUUCCGGACACCCACCUGGGUGGUCCCGCCAAGGAUACAGGCGUGGAAAAUCAUGGGCCAGGCCGGCGAGAUCCUGAGCAAAAUUCAGAUGGAUCAACAUGAGAACUUUUCCCAAGAAACUGUUGAGAGGUUCAAAUCAGAGCCGGAGUUCUACCACGAGUUCGUCAAAAAGAUCGAGGCGGAGGUGAACAAUGCUUUUCCAAUCGUCCUCACACAGAGUCCGGUUCAGGCCUUUGCGCGGGCCAAGGUCACAGAGUACAUGACAUUGAUGCUUGGAGGGAACGAAAAACUCUGCAAGGCCCUAAUACCCGACUUUCCUCUUGGGUACAAAAGAAUGACGCCCGGCCACGGGUACCUGCAGGCGCUUACGAAGCCCAAUGUCGAAGUGAGGAAGUCUGAGAUCAAGCGGUUUGUGCCAGAGGGUAUCGAGCUAGAUUCGGGCGAGAUACUCGAAGUCGACGCCAUCGUCUGUGCCACCGGCUUCGACACGUCCUUUUGCCCGCGGUUCCCCAUCGUCGGACGCGAGGGCAACCUCCAAGAGAGGUGGAAGGAGGAGACGCCCAAGGCAUACAUGUCCUUGGCUGUGGCCGGACUGCCAAACUACUUCAUAUUCAAGCGCAACAUGACUAACACGCAGAACCCCGCAGUGUUCCUCGGCCCCAACGCGCCCAUCGGCCACGGCAGCGUCUUCACGCUCAGCGAGCACAUCGCCAAGUAUAUCACGUCGGUGAUCAAAAAGUGCCAGACCGAGUGCAUCAAAGCCAUCGCCCCCUCCCGCGCCGCAGUCGACGACUACUUCGAGCACAUCACCACCUUCAUGCCGCGGACCGCGUGGGCUGCUCCCGGUGGCCGCUCCUGGUUCAAGAACGGGCGGGAGGACGGGCCGGUGACGGCGCUGCACCCGGGCAGCCGCAUCCAUUUCUUCCACAUGCUGGAACGGUUCCGAGGCGAGGACUGGGAGUAUGUGUACGAGAACCCGAACCAAAACAGAUUUUGGUACCUCGGCAACGGCUUCUCGACGAAGGAGCUGGAUCCCCGGGUGGAUUCGACUUGGUAUCUUGACGGGUCGGCCGUUGUACAGUGA